AUGAACAACAACAAUAAUAGCAGGACAAGAGAAAGAGAUCAAAAGACAGAAGGAGGAGGAGGAUUUUGUCAGAAAUGUUUCACGGAAGGCCACUGGACAUAUCAAUGUAAAGGAGAGAAAGCUCCAUCAACAACCUACACCAAACGAUUGUCCCACACUGAAAAGUUGGAAAUGAUGAGGAAGGGAAUACCAAUUAAUGAACAAUUUGAUUUACCUCCAGAGAGUAAAAAACCAGCAGAAAUUAAUGAUGAAGAUGCCAUUUGGACUUGUAGUGAUAGUGAUAGUUAUUUAAAUCCUGAUUAUUCGAGUAGUAGUGGAGAUUCGAGUUAUUCCUCAUCAUCGAGUGAUGGUGGUGGUGCUUCAAUGAGCAAACGUUUGAAAAAGUUAAAGAAGAAGAGAAAGACGACAAAUUCUUCAUCAUCAUCGGAUUCAGCAUCAUCAUCAGAUUCGGAACAAGAACUAGUGAAGGAAACCAAGGUAGAGAAUACUGUAUUGGAUGAAUAUAAAAGAAGAUUAAAGGAAGAAAUUGAAAAACAUGAAGGAAAAUCAUUAGAAACAAUACAAAAAAAGGAAGAAUCUGCUAAGCCAUCAUCAUCGUCAUCAUCAAGUGUAAAUCGACAAGAGAGUAGCUCAUCUACAAAUAAGAGUAAAUUGGAAAAUGCACCAAAGGGAGGAGUAUUAAUGGCAGCUGAAAAGUUUUCAGAAGCCAAGAGAAAUAAUUCCAAUAAUGAUAGAAGAGGUGGAGCUUUUGAUAAUAGUAGGAGAAGAGAUUUUGAUAGAGGUGACAGAAGGGAUAAUAGAACUGAUAAGUAUGAUAGAGGUGACAGAAGGGAUGAUAGAAGAUUGAACGAUUCUAGAAGAUCACCAUCUUAUGAACCAAGAAGUGAUUCAAGAAGAUCACCAUCAUCUUAUGACAGAAGUGAUAGAGGAGAUAGCUAUUAUGGAAGAAAAAGAGAUUUUGAUGAAUAUAGAGGCAAGAAAAGUGGAGAAAAUGACAAACAGCCAGAAGGAAAAUCACAAGGAGCACCUCCUCCAAGAUCUUUGCAUUCUGAAUAUUUCCAUAUCAAUUGGAUUGCAAAUAGUCCAUCAAGAGAUCCAACACUCUCCCCAUACAAAACCAAUAAAAAGAUGAUCAAAUCCCUUCUAAAACUCAAACAUCACUCACCAUCUCGUUCCUUUUCCACUCAUCUCAAGAGUGUACUCCUUGUGAGUGCCACCGAUAAGGGAGGCGAAGGAUUCACACACAGCACACAAGGCCAUACAAGCAAUACCUCUCGUGAGUUAUCUUUCGAGGAGCAAUAUGCAGCAAAACAUGAUUAUGAAUUAUUGAAAAAACUUGCUGAUCUUUCACAUGAACAAUCGAAAAAGGUGGCAUCGAUCUUUGAUAAGAUUGACGAAAGUAAUCGAAUGAAUGCAGAUUUUCUCAAUUUGCAGCAAAAUAUCAAUCAAAUGAAAGGGAUUAUUGAUGACAGUUUGGCUAGUACUCGAGUUGCUAAUGUUGAUGUGAGCACACAACAGUCAAUUCCUGAACAAACACCAUGGAGAACAAGUCAACAACCUAAAACAAUUGAAAAUAUUGAGAAUGUGAGUGGAGCUACAAUGGGAACUGCCAAUGAUCAGAAUGCUCCCCAUCAAACCAAAUUUAUGGACAAGUCGUUUUAUCCUGACUUGACAAAUGAGCUUUAA